UUCCUCUUUAAUUUCUAAUUCUUUACAAAUUUUAAUUUCAGAGGAUUUCAACAAGAGGCGUAAGCUAAGAUCUACCUUGAUCACAAACAUGCAAGCCAGACAGCUGAAAUACAACUUCGAGCUUCACAAGCGCGGACUUGCUCCAAGGGAGUUUGAGGCCUCCCUUACGAAAAAGGUCGACGGAUUGUUAGAAUCCACUGGGGUGAAUAGGCAUGAGCCGUUCAUAAAAGAAGCAAUAAGAAAGGUGAGGACUGAAGUUUACGGUACGCGAAGAACGACAGACGGACUUUUGAGCGUGCAUUCAUUCGAAGAACAUGACUUAAAUGACAUGUCUUCGUUCGGGGCACCCAGUUAUAGACAACAAGGUCAACGGAGGCGAAGGGGACAAUCAAGGAAGGAGAUGUAUCAUAACAAACAGAACGAGCUGUUCGCCGGUGCGCUUCAACCAAAAUUUCAGCUUUUCCGUGAUCGAGGUAUUCCACUUAAACAUGAUCAAGACGGUUACCUUUUUCGCGGUGAAAAAAUGCUGACAGCUCCAGAGUUCUGCAAUGUCGUUGAUCAGUUCUCCGCUGAUUUUCUUAAAGACCUUUCAAGACUGGGAGGAGAUAGCCAAUGGAGGCCGACAGUAGAUUUCCAGGAAAUCUCCAAGCUUUGCAAGCAGAUUCUGAUCAGCAGACUGAAUGUUGCGCACUGGUCUGUUGGAAACGAUCUUAUGGCUGAGGGUAACUAUCACAAGUGGAGGGCCCAUGUAAUGGUCAUAAUUUCAUUUGCCGCCUUGAUGGUCGCAGCAGAAAUAACCCUCAAAGAGCUCGAAAAGUUAGGCCGACAUGGCGGGGAGAGGAGAAUUUUUUUGUUUCUUGUGUUUGCUGCAAUCUUUCUUUUUUUCCGUUUCUUGACUGAUCUUUUGCCAGGGAGGCCGCGAAAGUGAAAGCAGUUUGUCCAAAACUGUUUAGUAUGUCGUCAGUUUUGGAUAUAGUGCAGCUGGUAACUUGGUACCGAAGUAAACUUGUUUUAGUCCUUGGCCUUUAAAUUACCAAGACAAUUUUUAUAUGUUCAUUUAAGUUACCGCCCUUCUUAUCAAGAUUAGAAAGAAGUCACUGCUAGUUACGUUUCUAACUCGCUGACCUGAUAUUCCCAUAAGUGAUACUGGAGACGGCAACUGGGAAAAGAACGCCACAAAUCAACAUGACGGGAACCUGAGCGUUGAUUCUUUACUCAGUUUGACGCCGUUCAUAGUAUUUGAAAUGUCGUUUUCGUUGCCGUUGCCUUUGAGGCAUUACU